UUCAUUUCAGUUUUUUAAAUUUUAGGUGAUGAAAACUGUCGAACACCUUUAUCAUCUUUCGUGGAUAGCUAAACAACAAAGAAUAAAUUUGGAGAAUCUAAUACUUUCUAGAGUUGAUUCUCAUCCAGCAGCAUGUUGCCAAUAUGCUAAUGCAUUAGAAAGAGUUAACUUUAUAGAUUCUUACAAAACUCUAGGAAAUCAAGAUGGUGCUUACUCGGAAUUUUUGCAACAGUUUCGAGAAGAUCCAAAAUUAAUAGCGAUGUGUUUGUCUAUAGGGGAAAAAAUAAAUAUAGAACAAAUGCAGAAUAUAGUUCAUAUAAUAAUGUCUGCUAUUUAUGGAAAUAACAUUAUUCCUGAAGAUGAAAUUUAUGUUUUGAGAUUAUUGAAAGAGUUAAUGGCUUUACAACUUGCAACUAGCGAAAAUCCUCGGAGAUUACUAAGACAUGGUUCCUGUGCAUUCAGUCGUGUUUAUAAAACAUUUAGUGAGAGUCUGUUUUCUGCCAAACUGUUUCUUACUGGAGCUUUACAUGAACCGAUAAUGCACUUGCUGAUGGAAGACGAUUUGUUUUUAGAUAUCGACCCUGAUAAAGCAGUAGUGAGAUUUCCACCUCAAGAAAGACUUCGUCAUUUUGGAAAAGAAGGAACUCAGGAAUAUUUGGCUAAUUUGCAAAGAUAUCGAAGCUGGACUAUUGAUAAAUUAGUGAAGUUGACAAAAAACUUUAUUGAAGGUAUUCAGAAUAAUAUGUAUUGUUUCCCACAGUCGCUAUCAUGGCUAGUUAGACAGAUGUUUAAUCUUGUUAUGAAAGCUAAAAAAGUUGAAGUUAGAGAAGUAGGUGCUAUGUGUGCUGAUUUAAUAUUUGCAUUUUUCAUUUGUCCUGCAAUUGUUACUCCAGAACCGUAUGGUAUAACUGAUGCUCCGAUAAGUCAUAUUGCCAGAUUUAAUUUAAUGCAAGUGGCCCAGAUUUUACAAGUACUUGCUAUGAGUAAAUGGGAAGAAAUUGAUUUAAAAUUAAUGGAUUUAUAUGGAAAAUUUGAAAAGGUGAGAUAG